AUAAAAAUUACAUUUUGAGAUGACAGAAUUUCUGAUACGUUUUUUACAUUGAAACUUGUGUGUGAUACUGUGAUUGACAAUAAUUGUAACAUAAAAUUGUCAUGAAAUCGUUUUGUGAGAGAUGAGUGUCUUCGGGGAUUUUCAACGUGUGUGGGUGCAACGAUUUCCUGAAAGUGCCUUGCCAGCCGCUUGGGAGGAAGAUGUCAGGGCCAAUUUGGCUAAACAUAAACAAAAAGUAGCUAUACUUAGAGAAGAAUUGGAGAAGGAAGAAUUUUACGUUGAAUAUUUGGAGACACUGCUGUCAGAUGUUGAGAAGCACAAAGCAGCUGCUCAAAGCAAUAGGGCGGCACCGCCCUCUGGGACUGACACCCAUGACGAUAAGACUUCUGAUAGCAAACAGGAAUCAAAUACAGAUUCACUGUCAAAGAAGAGUGAAAUUAGUUUGACAAGUAGUAAUAAUGAAGAACUUACAAAUGAACCACUAGAGACUGAAGAAGUGCACCUCAGGCCAAAACCAGUGCAUAUUGGGGAGAGGAGUUCUGUUAACCAAUGCAUCACUGAGCUAUCUACCACUCUAGCAGUAGAGGCUCGGAGAAGAUGUAAUAGUGAAGUGGUGCAGAGAACUGAGCCAGAAAAUGAUAGUAAUGCUGUAGAACAAAAAAGUCCAACUAAUGCUAAAAACCGUCCAAUGUCUCAAACUGGUGAUUUUGUAACAGUUAUUGAAGUAAAUGGUCUGAAAGCAGCUGAAAAUGCAUCUAAAAAGACUGAAAACUCGCCACAAUCCCCUGAAAGUGCUACUGCAGAUUCAACUGUGGCAUCAAAGAAGAAAGUCCCGCCAAAGCCUCCACCGAAAGUAUUUAGCAAACGUGGUGCAUCGUUACCAGAAAGUGGCCUUCCAGAAGAUAGCCCCCCUUCCUCACUUGGACGGAGACUUCGGAAUGCAGAGUCCCGAGAGUCUAUCGCCAGCCGGGCAUCUACUCCCUCAAUAAGUGAAAGGGUAAAAAGCUAUGAAUCUAUAAACUCUUUGUCUUCUGAACGUAAACGAUCGGGAGGUGCUGCAACUCCGCGGUCCAUAGAUGAAGAAAUAACUUCCACUACACCUGACUUACCUGAAGGAAAUGAUGCUGACAAAUCAGCCCCUGUCUCGCUAGAGAGUAUCCCGGCUGCAGUUCCCACUAAUGAAGAUGAACCAUAUUACGACCAAGUACCAGUUGAUAUCAAUGAUGGAGAAUAUGUUUAUAUACAAGCGGGUGGCACGGGUUCUAGCGAGGAUGCGUCGAGCGGCACCAGCACGCUGCCGCUGAGCACAGGUGCAGGGCCCACAGCGCCCAGCGCGCCCUCCGCGCCCACCGCACCACGCGCACCCGACUCCCCCACCUGCGCCACUGCGCCCAAUUAUGUCAAUAUACACUACUUUAUACAGCAAGCCGGCGAGGGUGCGGAGCCCAGCGAGGCGGGCGCCGAGCUAGCGGACUCGAGCGACACUCCUCUAUUGCUUAGGACAAUUUCCUCCGACACAGAGGCGAGCGCGACACCGCCUGUAUUAAGAAAGCUACAGCAUCAGGAGUCGAGUACGAGCAGCAAUGCGGAGGCAGAGCGGCUCACGAUGCACCGCUGCAUCGUCACCAGUAUUAUUGAGAGCGAGACCGUAUACGUUGAGUGUCUAUACGUCAUGGAAAAGUAUAUGAAUGCAAUAAAAGCGACGUUGUCGACUUCACAACCUGUGAUAACCGAAGAGGAGUUCAACACGAUAUUCUACAAGAUAUCUGAGCUUCACGAACUGCACAAGAACUUUCUAGAAGGACUCAAAGCGGCCGUCUCUAGUUGGGAAGAGCCGCUCUCUGUUGGAAUACAUUUCAAAAAGAUGGCGGAGAACAUAAACGUGUACGGUGCGUUCCUGCACAACUACGGGCGUGCGACGGACGCGGUGCGGCGACGUUGCGGCAGCUCCCCGCGCUUCGCCGACCUCACGCGACAGAUCGCAUGCCGCGGACAGCCCAUGUCGCUAGAUGAUCUGCUGCACAAACCUGUCGCCAGGGUGCAGAAGAACGCGCUCGUACUGCAUGAUCUCAUAAAAUAUACACCCGCUAGUCACCCGGAUCACGCCAUGUUGACGGACGCCUUGAACAUGACGCAACAUUUCCUCGAUGAAUUCAACAUUAUACAGACAAAAUCACUCUUCCCCAAUGCUGAUCGUGCACAGAGGCGUCUCGUGAAGAACUCCUUUAUUGUUGAAUUGUCAGAUGGCCACAGGAAGCUGAGGCAUUUGUUCCUCUUUAAUGAUGUCAUCGCUUGUGCCAAAUACAAGGCGUCAGGUCGCGACAAGUUCACGUUCGAGCUGAAGUGGUUCAUCCCGCUGCCGGAGAUCGUGGUGGUGGAGGAGGAGAGCGCGGGCGCGGGCGCGGCGGCGGAGGCGCGAGAGACCUCGCCCGCUAACAUCGUGGCGCUCAAGUCGCAGGCCUCCACUGUGCGCGACCAGAUACUGGCAGAGGAGCGCGCCGUGCACGAUGACAAGAAAAUCCGCAUCGGCGGUCGCGGCGCCGCGGAGAAGCAGCGCAAGAAGCUGACGGAGCUGGAGGGGCAGCUGGUGCUGGCUUCACCCAACCUGGUGUUCCGCGUGGGCGCCAAGCCGCCCGGCGCCACCGCGCUGCAGCGACAGCACAUCUUCUUCCUCAGCUCCGAGUACGAGCGCACGCAGUGGAUUGAUUCCAUACACGCGUUACAGGCGUCAUCAGCGCCCCCUGGCGGGUCAAACGCGAUAUCAAUGCUGGAGCUUCAAGCGUGGGUGACGGCGUGCCGCAGCUACCUGCAGACAGACAUGGGCUCGUACCUGCUGCGUAGCGGUCGCGAUGACUCGCUGCUGCUCGGUGACCUGCAGCUGCACAUCGGGGGCAUGACCGCGCCCCUCGACACCGCCGCCGAUUACUAUGUGGUGGUGGAGGUGGACUCGUACGGGCACUACUUCCGCAAGGCCAAGUCGAAGCUGGUGUGCCGCAGUGCACAGCCGCGCUGGAACGAAACCUUCACACUCGACCUCGAAGGUUCACAGAACCUGCGUCUGCUGCUGUACGAGGAUGCAGCCAGACCAGUGCUAAGAGGGAAAUGCACACUCAAGUUAUCCAAGGAGUGGGUGGCGGAGAGCGCAAGUGGGGGUGUGUCGCGCACAGUGUGCUUGGGCGGAGGGUCGUUGCCUCUACGCCUGCGCCUGCUGCCUCCAGAGCGGUCCUCGCGCCGCGUACCCUCAGCCAAGCCCGGUGCACUAUUCGGUGCUAAGAUCACACACGUCGCCAAACGCGAGAAGCGCAACAUUCCGUUCAUAAUAAGCGCGUGUGUACGCGAGGUGGAGCGUCGCGGAAUACACGAGGUGGGAGUGUACCGCGUCUCCGGCAGCGCCUCCGACCUCAACCGACUCAAGAAGAGCUUCGAGACAAAUGCUUACGAGGCGGAGCAGCUGCUGAAGGAGGUGGACAUUCACUCAGUGACGGGCGUACUCAAGUUGUACCUGCGCGAGCUGCCCGAAGCGCUCUUCACCGACGCCCUCUACCCUGAACUGCUGCGUGCUUGGGGCUCCGCACAGGGCGUAGGCACAUCGGUGGACUCAGGUCCGGCACACACGCGACGACACGCGCUGCUCAAGUGUUACGCGCAGCUUCCCGAUCUCAACAAGAACUGCAUCGACUUCCUGCUCAACCAUUUCGUAAAGGUAAACCAGCAUGAGGGCGAGAACAAGAUGUCGCUGCACAAUCUCGCGACGGUAUUCGGGCCGACGUUGCUGCGGCCUUCGGGAGCUGGCGCGGGCGCCAAGCAGCGCACCGACCUGCUGGCGGCAGGCACGGUGGACGCCAUGGCCCAGGCCGGCAUCCUGUACUGCCUGCUGCAGCAGCGCCAGCUCGCCGCGCAGCUCUCCUCGCACUCGCAUCAUCGAGCGCCCGCACCAGCACUCCUCGAGUAGUCCACAUCAAGUAUGUAACCCACUUACUGUCAUUCAGUGGUCACUAAGGCCGACCCUUUAGUUACUACCAAUUAAAUUUAACAUAAUAAUGUAAACUAAAAGAGACCCUAAGGACUCUACGGAAAUUCUACACUAAGAGUCACCCUUAGAGAAGAAUUAACGAGUUGUAACGAUUACAAUAUACUGAAUUUAUUUGGAUUCGUUAGUUUGUUACAGCUGCAAAUAUGAAGCAAGUUACAUUUGCAUACAAAAGGCAUGUUCUAGACAUCAGUUUUUGUUUCAUAUUCUUUUUGAUUAUUAUUAUUAUUAUU